AUGUUUGCCAACAAGUAUUACGAACACGACAUAGAGAAUGCUUUCAUGAUGAAUCGCUUUUUCUUUCGUUUAUUAGGCAUAUGGCCAUUUCCACGCACGAAUUCCCUUCUUCCGGAGUUAUUGGAGACGGUCGUGCUGAUCUUCAUGUGUUUCGCGUUUCUCUUCUGCGAAUUAAUCCCGAUUAUACUCUAUGUAUUUAUGGUGCUGACAGACGUUCGUUUGAGGUUCAAAAUCAUGGCUAGCGGAAUAUUCACGAUAAUAGAAAUCAUUAAAUAUGGUUAUACCGUGCUUUACAAGAAUGAAGUGCGAAAUUGUUUAGUACUGGUUGAUGAGGACUGGCGAAAGGUCAUCAAUCCAAAUGAUCGCAUCUCUAUGAUUAACAGAGUCAGAACUAGCAAACGUCUAAUUAUGAUUUGCACCAUAUUCGUGUACCUGACCGGCAUGGGUGUCCGAACGAUCAUUCCUUUGUCAAUAGGGAAAAUUGUUACUCCUCAAAAUAUCACUAUCAGACCACUGCCGUGUGCGGCAUAUCUCGUUAUACUUGAUGUGCAGCAUAGUCCAGUUUAUGAAAUCGUAUAUUUCAUACAAUUUGUAGCGGGAUUUGUAAAGUAUACGAUUUUGGUGACAACCUUUGGUUUCGUGACACUUUGCGGGAUGCAUUUUUGCGCACAGUCGGACAUACUUGUGACGUUAAUGAACGAUUUCGUGAACGAGAGUCAACCGAAAUAUUUGGACAAGAAAUUAGCCAAUAUUGUGGAGCAUCAAAUUAGAAUAAGGAACUUCUUACGAUUGCUGCAGAGCAUCACGCAGUAUCCAAGUUUAAUAGAAAUCCUGGGAUCUACCGUGAUGUUAUGCUGUGUAGGAUUUUAUAUUAUCAUGGAAUGGGAAGAUCAUAAUGUUUUUCGUUUAAGCAUAUAUUUCAGUGGAUUAACAAUGUUCUGUUUCAACAUAUUUAUUUAUUGCUAUAUGGGCGAGCAAAUCAUCGAGCAGGGAGAAAAAAUAGCAUUAACAGCAUGCACUUUGGAAUGGUACCGUCUUCCGGAUGUAAAAGCACGAGCAUUGAUUUUACUUAUAUCUAUUUCCGAAAAACCAUUAAGACUCAAAGCAGGAAAUUUCAUUGAUCUCACCCUUAGAACGUUUGGCAAUUUCUUCGCGGUAUCAAACGCGAGAGACAUCAUGAUGGAGAAGACGAAAACCGGCAGGAGCAUAUUCACUAUUUGCUGUGCCUUCCUAUACUCCGCCGGUUUCUCCUAUCACACAAUCGUGCUGUUAUCACAGGGAAAAAUCGUUACCCACAAUAAUGUUACGAUCAGGCCUCUGGUAUAUGCAGGUUAUUUUGUUCUGUUCGGCGAAAAGCGCAGUCCCGCUUACGAGAUCCUGUUCUUGUUACAGUUCUUCGGCGGAUUUGUCUUGUAUACCAUCACGAUCGUGACGUACGGAUUUGCUAUGCUUUUCGUCAUGCACGUGUGUGCACAGAUGAAGAUUUUAAUGAUAUUAAUGGAAGAGCUUGUCGACGAGCGAGUUUACAAAGAGAAAAAUCGAGCGGACGAGAAGUUAGCAGUAGUAGUCGAACGUUAGAUAUGGAUUCGAAAUGAUCUUAUACCUGGUGUCCUUUAUUGGUUGAUGGCAGAAACAGCGCGCAUUCGACUGCAAACGAUCCCUCUUCUUCUCUAUGACUUCAUGUCUGCCAGUCAAUACGGUAUUUUCAUAUUUCGCUAUGACAAGCUCAGACGAUGCCUGAAACAUGUCGAGGAGGAUUGGAAAAACGUUCUAAGCGCAGAAGCACGGAACAUUAUGCUGAAAUCUGCGAGAACGGGCAAACGCCUGGUUACAAUCUGUGCAAUCUUCAUGUACAGCGGCGCCUUUACUUUUCGAACAAUUCUGCCGUUAUUCCAGGGAAAGUUCAUCGAUCAGAAUGUCACCAUAAGACAAUUUGCCUGUCCGGGUUAUUUCUUUUCCCUCGACGUGCAAGUCAGCCCUGUUUACGAGACGGUCUUUGUAAUCCAGUGUCUAACAGGAUUUAUUGCAGUUUCGAUCGUGACAUGUGCAUGCGGUCUUACCGCAAUUUUUGUGGUACAUGCUUGCGGCCAAUUGAAAAUCUUAAUCGGUUUAAUGAGAGAACUCGUGCAGAAACAAUGGCAAGAGGAGCGUGAAAUGGAUAUGAAGCUAGCUGAGAUAGUCGAGCAUCAAACAAGAGUGCGCAAAGAAAUGUCGCAAAAUAAGCAUUAUCAGAACGAUAUUAUGAACGACAUUACGCAACCAACUCGUAACAUUUUGCUCGCACUUGGCGCUUGGCCUUCCAUCAAUAAAGGAGAAUCCAUACACUCGAAGGUUCACAAUCUCUUGCUAAUCUGUAUGUCCUAUACUCUCCUCUUUAGUGACCUUAUACCCGGUAUCCUUUACUGGUUGAUGAAGGCAACAACACGUGUUCGACUGCAGAUGAUCCCUGUUCUCCUUUAUGACUUCAUGUCCGCCAGUCAAUAUAGCAUCUUCAUAUCUCGCUAUGAUCAACUCAGGCGAUGUUUGAAACACGUCGAGGAGGAUUGGGAAAACGUUCUCAGCGUGGAUUCACGAAACAUUAUGCUAAAAUCUGCGAGGAUGGGAAAACGUCUGGUUACGAUCUGCGCACUUUUCAUGUAUAAUGGCGUCAUUACUUUCCGAGCAAUCUUACCGUUGUUCCAGGGAAAGAUCGUCAUCGAUCAGAACGUCACGAUAAGACGUUUUGCCUGUCCGGGUUACUACUUUUCCCUCGACGUACAAGUCAGCCCCGUUUACGAGACGAUCUUUAUAAUCCAAUUUCUAACAGGAUUUAUUACAGUUUCGAUCGUGACAUGUGCAUGUGGCCUCACAGCGAUUUUCGUAGUACAUGCUUGCGGUCAAUUAAAAAUCUUAAUCGGUUUGAUGACAGGACUCGUACAGAAGGAAUGGCAAGAAGAAUAUGAAACGAAUAAGAAGAUAGCUGAAAUAGUGGAGCAUCAAAUAAGAGUGCGCAAACUGCAAAUGAUCCCUUUUCUCCUCUACGAUUUCAUGUCGGUUGGUCAAUACGGCAUCUUCAUAUCUCGCUAUGAUCAACUCAAGCGAUGCUUGAAGCACGUCGAGGAGGAUUGGGAGAACGUUCUCAAUGUGGACGCACGAAACAUUAUGCUGAAAACCGCGAGAAUGGGGAAGCGCUUGAUUACGAUCUGUGUAAUUUUCGUGUAUAGUGCUGUCAUUACCUUUCGAACAAUCCUGCCGUUAUUCCAGGGAAAGAUCGUCACCGAUCAGAACAUCACGAUAAGACACUUUUCCUGUCCGGGUUACUUCUUUUCCCUCGACGUGCAAGUCACUCCUGUUUACGAGAUGAUCUUUAUAAUCCAAUUUGUAAUAGGAUUUAUUCCAGUUUCGAUUGUGACAAGUGCAUGCGGACUCACGGCGAUUUUUGUGGAACAUGCUUGCGGCCAAUUGAAAAUCUUGAUCAGUUUGAUGACAGCACUCGUACAGAAACAAUGGCAAGAGGAACAUGAAGUAAAUACGAAGCUAGCUGAAAUAGUGAAUCAUCAAAUGAGAGUACGGAAUUUUUUACGAUUGGUACAACAUACAUUGCAAGAAGUAUAUAUACUGGAAAUUGCAGUGAAUACGGCAUCACUCUGUAUUUUAGUAUAUUUUAUGUUAGUGGACUGGGAAAGUAGGAAUAUAGCAACUGUAUGCACUUAUUGCAUAAGCAUUACAAAUGUGAUAAUUCACACGUUUCUAUUUUGUUACACUGGCGAACAGCUUACCAGCCAGGCAGAAGAAGUAGCCAUUGCAUCUUGCGAGCUCGAGUGGUUUCGUCUUCCGGACAAAAAAGCGCGUAGCAUUAUAUUACUGAUUCGUAUGUCUAACGCGCCGACAAAGAUCUCCGCUGGAAUAUUCGUUGAUCUCUCGCUCAAGACAUUUGGUAAUAUCAUGAAAACAGCUGGGACAUAUUUUAAUAUGAUUCGAAAUGUAAUCGAUUGA